CGGAAACACCGCUUACUUUGAAAAAUGUUGGACUUCUUACAGUGCCAAGGUGAAUGCUUUAUUAGUUUUGCAACAUCCUUUGAUGAGAAUAAUCCACCUGAAAGUGUGCUAGAAAAGCGAGACAGCUCCUUCUGGAUCACUACUGGGAUGUUUCCACAAAUGCUCGUUGUAUCACUUGUUCAACCAACCAAGAUAAGUAAAAUAAAAAUUAUUUCCAGCAAUAUUAACUUACUCUUGGCUGAUUUUAUUGUUCGCAGUAGUCAGUUUCGAAAUGGCAGCGAAUUGUCAAAAGAACAAGUUAAGUUCUGAAAUUUAUGUAUUCCUCACUAUUUUCGUUGUCCACCAUCGUCAUUUCCAGAUUGUUGGAUUCUUCUGUGGUUCAACAACUUGUUGCAUUACCUUCACAUUUCUGAGAAAACAUGAUAUUUAACUACUUGGCGACUUCACAAGACCUGUAUUUUAUGAAAAGGAAGGCUUAUUUCAUUUCAGCUUUACCAAGACGUAAAACUGAAUCUCAACACCUGGUUUUUAGGAGCCAAAAUAUCAAUUUUUCAUACUAGUUCAAAUUACAGAUAUUUGCAUGCAUUGAUAUACUAUCUGAAUCAUUUAGCUACCAUAUACAGAGAGUGAAUUCAAAAGAGUGGCGUUCAACCUUUUUGAUGCAUCAAGACUUGGACCAUUUGCCGAAAUAUUUCAUGAAAAUAAC